AGUGACGUCAGAAAUGCAUCUCACUUCCAAGCUCUGAAGUGAUGUUAAAUAUUGUACUCCUUGCCUGUGUGAUAGCAGCAAUUCCCUUGAAAUUAACUGAUUUUCCUCUGAAAUGUUGCUGUUUAAAAUGCUGGUGUGACCGGGCCAUAAAUCUGUGUUAAAUGUGGCUCGUACAAGUAAGAUCAAUCUCUCCUGCACCCAUUAAUGUUUCCAUGAAAAGUGACUGGUCAAAGGGAGAACCUCUUAACUUCAGUAAAGGAUAAUCGGGGUCAGAUAUUUUUGUAAUGUUGGUACUUUGAUAAAGAGUGAUUCAGAGACAAAGAGAAAAUAAAUCAUAAAUUCCAUUUUGAAGCUCAAAAGUAACAUUAAAGAUGUUUAAAAGUGUUUAGGUUUGGCAAAGUAAAAGCAUUUUAAAUCUGUUUUAAAGCCUGCUUGAAGAAGAAAGAUCCAUUUCCCCGGCACCCAGCAAUGUUUCCAUGAAAAGUGACUGGUCCAAGGGAGAACCUCUCAACUUCAGCAAAGGAGAACCGGGGUCAGAUAUUUUUGUAAUGUUGGUACUUUGAUACAGAGAGAUUCAGAGACAAUGAGAAAAUAAAUUGAAGAGAGAUUGACUAGUCAAAGCAGUAAAAUGAAUAUUGUAAUCCCCACCUUGAAGCUCAGCACUUGUCACAGAUGUUUAAAGUUUGUUAUUGUGAAAUCACUGAAAUCAGUCAAUGUGUUAAAGCCUGCUUGAACGCAAAAGACCAGUCUCUCCUGAAUCCAGCAACGGUCCCCAUGUUUCCCAGGAUGAUCCUCUCAACUUCUACUCUGAGCUAAGGUAGUAAAAACAACAUGUGCGUGCAUAUUGUUAACAGCUACAACAAAGAACAAGAUGAAGUAACGAUAUUAGAAACUAAGUAGAGCAAUGAAGCCUGAGAGAUGCAUUUCACCUCAUGCAUGAAUAAGGAUAUUCACCUUUGUCACAGUAAAUGUAUCUUUCUGUACUGACACAAACAUGUAAGAAAUGUUUUGUCUGUGUUGAAGCCCACCUCAGUCACAGAGACGAGCCUCGACUGUGUCCAGCAGUGCUUCCAUGGAAACUGACCACUUAAAGGGUGAGGUCGACUUCAGCAAAGGUUUAGAUAUCAGACACAAACUCACAGAAGACCUGAAGAAGACAAUCCUCAGUCAGCAUGAAGAAACACUGAAAAGACAUGAAACUGACACAGAACUCUACGAGAUAAAAGCUGGCAAAGACGAGAAAGAUAAAGCACAAGCCUAUGAUGCAUUAUUUCAUAACAGGGAAGUGCAAACAGUGCUAAUGAAGGGAGUUGCUGAUGUUGGUAAAACAUUUCAAACGAGGAUGUUCAUGGUAGACUGGGCCAAUGGAAAAUCCAACAAAAAGAUAGACUUGAUAGUUUCAUUUGAUUUCAGCGAGCUGAAUUCAAGAAGAAACGAAGUUCAAAGCAUGAAAGAUCUGCUUUGUCAUUCCCUCAAUCACAAUAAACACAGAAAAGCUUGCAAGUACGACGAGUGGAAAGUAGCUAUUAUCCUUGAUGGCUUGGAAAAAUGUAAACUUCCUCUAGAUUUUGAAAAGAACAAGGACCUGACCGAUAUGGACGAGGCAGCCUCGAUGGAUGUGCUGCUAACAAACCUCAUCAAGAAAAAAUUACUUCCCUCUGCUCUUCUCUGGAUCAUCUCUCAACCUUCAGGAGUUGAUAAGAUUCCUUCUGAAUAUAUUCAGAAAGAGACAGAAUGUCGAGAGACCGUGAAGCGCCGGCAGAAGCUGAUAUCAACCCUAAGAAAAAGAUUUCUUGAAGAAAGCACUCAAGAUGAAGACAUAAAUCAUCCUAAUCAGAAAAACACAGAACACAUCAUUAAAGAAAACAGAAGUGGUGAGGUCAGUGCUGAAGAGAAAAAUGCACGUGCUGUGGUGAAAUCAGUGCCACGAGUGAAUGCAAUAUCUGACAUCUUCAAAGACACGGAAGGACAAACAAUCAGAACUGUGCUGACUACUGGAGAAGCUGGUAUUGGAAAAUCCUUCCAUGUGCAGAAAUUCAUAAAAGAGUGGGCUAAAAAUUACAAGAAGUCAUCUUUUAAUAUCUGGUUUUGGAAAGCCAAAGCUGAUGAAAACAUUAUAUUUCCACUUAACAUCUCUAAGCUUAAUUCAACAAAAGAGAAAAAUGUCAGUUUGGUGGGACUUCUUAAUCAUUUCUUCAAGGAAACUAAUACAUUUGUAAUCUCUAACUUUGAACAGUUCAAAGUUUUAUUUGUCCUGGACGGAUUAGAUGCUUAUCAAGGUUGUCUUGACACCAAAGACACCUUGACUGAUGUCAGAGAGCCAGCUUCAGUGGAUGUGCUACUGACAAACCUCAUCAGAGGAAACCUUCUUCCUUCUGCCCGGCUCUGGAUAACCUCCCGAUGGAAGUUGCUUGAUACAUGGGUCGACAGGACGACAGAAAUACGAUGUAAGCCUGAUGUUGCAAGUCAACAGAAACUCAAAUCUCAGUUGAAGGAGCAAUUUACCCAUGUGUCUGAGGGGAUCGAUAUGCAGAAAACCUCUGCUCUUCUGAAUGAGAUCUACACAGAUCUCUACAUCAUAGAGGGGGAGAGGGGAGAGGUCAAUGUUCAGCAUGAGGCCAGACAAGUUCAAGAUGCAAAGUUCAAACCAGUGAGACAAGAAACAUCGAUUAAAUAUCAUGACAUCUUCAAACCUGCACCUGGAGAAAAUAACCCCAUUCGAACUGUGCUAACGAUCGGAGUGGCAGGCAUUGGAAAGACAUUUGCUUCAAAGAAGUACAUGCUGGACUGGGCUGAGGGUACGGCCAAUGGGGACAUAUUUUAUAUUUUUCCACUUUCUUUCCGGGAGCUGAAUUUGAAAAAAGCGCAAGAACACAGCUUGGAGGAUCUUAUUAAUGAUUUUUGUCCGGGCAUGAAGACAUCAGAAAUUAAUGACUAUGACAAGUAUAGAAUUCUGAUUGUCCUGGAUGGUCUUGAUGAAUGUCGCCUUGACCUUGACUUCAAUGAGGUUAACUAUUGGAGUGAUGUGAGAAAGCCAACUUCAGUGAAUGUUUUGCUGACAAGCCUCAUCCAAGGAAAGCUGCUUUCUGAAGCUCAAAUCUGGAUCACCUCCCGACCUGCAGCAUCCAACCAUAUCCCUCCUGAUAAAGUGGACCGGGUUACAGAGGUGCGAGGAUUUAAUGAUGAGCAGAAGGAGGAGUACUUCAGGAAGAGAUUCAGCGAUAAGGAUUUGGCUGAGAAAAUCUUGUCACAUGUCAAGAAAUCAAGGAGCCUUUAUAUCAUGUGUCACAUCCCUGUCUUCUGUUGGAUCACGGCAAAAGUUCUGGAAGACUUUGUGACCAGAAACCAAGAAGGUAUGAUGCCCAAGACUCUGACUGACAUGUACAUAUACUUCCUUGUGUUGCAAUGCAGACAGGCUAUUGUGAAGUAUGGUAGAGAUGAGACAGGUGAGAGUUCUGAGACAGAUUCAUGCUGGGAAACAAGUAACAAGGAAACAAUCAUAUCUCUGGGGAAACUGGCUUUUGAGGCGUUAGAGGAAGGAAACCUCCUCUUCACCGAAGAAAACUUGACAGAGUAUGGUGUUGACAUCACAAAAACUGCAGUCUUCUCAGGAUUAUUCACUCAAAUCAAGAAAGAAAGCUGUGUGCUGUCCCACAAAUUGUUCUGCUUUGUCCAUCUAAGCAUUCAAGAGUUCCUGGCAGCUUUUUAUGUCUUUCACACAUUCAAUAACAAAGGUGAAAAUCUACUUACCAGGCCCACUUCAACAGUUGCAGACUUGCCUGCAUCAGACUUCUACAAAACAGCAGUGAACAAGGCUUUAGAUAGCAAAAAUGGAGACUGGGAUCUGUUUCUCCGCUUCCUGCUAGGCCUCUCUCUGGAGACUAAUCACAAUCUACUGCAAGAGCUGCUGAAGAAGACAGAAAACAACAAGGAGACCAACAAGGAAACAAUUGAGUACAUCAAAGAAAAGAUUAGGGAAGACAACAGUGAUGCUGAUAAAAAUCUAAAUCUUUUCCACUGUCUGAAUGAGCUGAAUGACCAGUCUCUUGUGGACGAAGUCAAAAAGUACCUGCACUCAGAAAAACUCACAUAUGAAAAUUUCUCUGCCUCCCAGUGGUCAGCUUUGACUUUUGUGCUGCUGACAUCAGAUGAGAAGCUUGAUGUGUUUGAUCUGAAAAAGUACCUGAAAUCAGAGAAAGUUCUUCUAGGAAUGCUGCCGGUGGUCAAAGUCUCCAAAACUGCUUUGCUGAGCUGGUGUGAUCUCCAUGAAGAAUCCUGCAGAGGUCUGUCGUCCUCAGUCCUCAGCUCCGCAUCCUCUAAUCUCACAGAGCUAGACCUCAGUCAUAACGACCUGAAGGAUUCAGGUGUGCAGAUACUUGCUGAAGGCCUAAAGAGUAUACACUGUAAACUGGAGAUUCUCAAAUUGUCAGGUUGUCAGGUGACAGAGAAAGGCUGCUCAUUCCUGGCCUCAGCUCUCAAUUCCAAAACGGCCCUGAAACAGCUGGAUCUGAGUUACAAUCACCCGGGAACCAAUGGGGUGGCAAUACUCUCUAAAAUCGCUACGGAUCCAAAUAUGAACCUGAAGACACUCUGUUUGGACCAUGGUGGAGGGCAUCGGUUAAAGACGGGGCUGAAGAAGUAUGGUGCAGAUCUGAAGCUUGAUGAAAACACAGCAAGCAGGAGGCUUGUUCUGUCUGAAGGGAACAGGAAAGUAAAAACUGUAAAGAAGGUGAAGGAGAAGGUGCCACGGCCUGAACACAAGGACAGAUUUAAGAGGACUCAGGUGUGCUGUGAGGAGGGCCUGAAAGGCCUCUGCUACUGGGAGGUGGAGUGGAAAGGGAUGGUCGGCAUUGCAGUGUUAUAUAGAACAGUAGGCAGAAAAUGGGACAGAAAUAGUGGUCUAGGAUGCAAUGAGAUGUCCUGGAGUCUGCUGUGCUCAAGGACUGGAUAUACCGCCAUACAUGGGAAGACAUCCAAAGAUGUUGAAGUGUCCCCUUGCCAAAAAAUAGCAGUGUUUUUGGAUUGGGAAGGUGGCACUCUGACUUAUUUCAGUGUCAAAUCAGGAGAGCUGAGCCUCAUACACACCUUCCAUGCCAAAUUCACAGAACCCCUCUUCCCAGGCUUUUGGUUUAAGAAAGGCUCUGUGAAUUUGUGUGAGAUAGACUGAACCCCUCUGCAAUGGGGAAAUGUGUAAUGUGGUGAUCACUUGAAGCUCCACUUAACAAUUUGAUAGAUUAGCAGAAGCUUACCUGCAUAAUUUCAAUACCAUGUGAAACAUUACCAUAUCAUGCUGUUUUUACCUGUUCAUACUCUAAGUCAAUGUAACAUUGUGAAGGAAGAAAUGGAGCGAAAGAAAUCCCAUGUUGUUAAAUUACUGAUGUAAUGAAGAAAACAAAAACAGAGUUUUGUAAAUCUAAAUAUACAUUUUACCUGUUUCUCAUUUGUCCCACAACAUGUUGUCAAAUUAUCUGUGCAUGGAGAAUAUUUACAUCCUUGUAAACAUUUAGUUUUCUGCAAAUAUGUUUACUGUAUAUAUAGUUGAGUAUAUUCAGUAUUAGUAGUAAGUCAUUCUCAUACUGCAGAGGACAAUGAUUUAAAUAGUCUACUCUGUGGCAAGUUGUUUUUGUGAGCUGAUAAAAAUUGCUAUAAAAAUUGUUCAUACCCUUAAUGUUUAUUACUUUAUUAAUUUGAUUAUUAACUUGAUGAAAAUGUUAAGGAGUUCCUUAAACUCGUCAGAGGAGAAGUGACUAACAUGCUCCAGAUCUGAGCAUAUAUACAGACAGGAGCAAAUGUUCAGCAUGUGGUCAGCUUUACUCCUGUCUGCUGGAGUAUAUUUGUUCCAAGUAAAUUAGUCUGCUGUAAAUGUAUUUCAUGUUAAAAUGUGUAAAUGUGACUUGGAUUGUAAAGUCUGGAGAACCACUGCACUACUGCCAUAAUAUGUUAUCACAAUUUUAUUUUGAUUAAUGUAGGACAUGGAUGCAAAACGCACCCACUAGUGGACACUGGUGCACAUAAAAAUGAUGUAUUAUAUGUAUUAAAUGCAUUUUAUACUUAUGGUAACUAAUGAGAUUCUGAUGUAAACAUACGGAAGAAGUAGCUGGUUUCUGUCAUUUAUGUUAUGUCUGUAAAGUGCCCUGAUGGAAUAAAUAAAGCUUCUUUUCUGAGUCUCUCUA